UUUUCUCGUUUGCACAGGGGGGGAGGGGCUAAUAUUGAGUUGCCAGUGUUAGGCAUAUCGAUAUGUGGAUGUGGGGUUAUCUGGAUGAGUUGGAUAAGAUCCUCAGCUUUCCCCCCCCCAGUGGAUAAGUCGAAUGGGUUGGGGUGUCGAGUGAAACUCCAUGAAGGGCUCUGGUAGUUUCCAGAUAUCGUAUCUUAUCAUAUAAAGAGGUAUCAUACCCAAUAUUAACCCUAAGGGCUAUGCGCUUGCUGGAUUCUUUCUCUUGUUUUCCACCUACCCAUAAAGGUAUUUCUUUAGAACACACCACGACCUUUGGUCCCUCAACUACCGUGACAGCUUAAAACUUCUUCAACUACAACCUUCUCCACGGUAUUCUGGACAAGUCUCCUUUACAUACACCACUCUUACCACUUUUAACCCAUUUUUCACGGUUUUCCCUCCUAAGCCCUUCUCUACUUUCCCCAAACCCUUCCCUACAUUUCCCACUUCAGUUUUUCCCCACUUUUGUUUUCCCUCUCCACCACUCUCUCCACCGCACACCACCUUUACUCUACGCUUUUUACCACAAGCUUCCCUUACCACUUCUCUCGAACCAAACACUGACCUCACUUUCAGGCGAAACUCGUUUGGAAAGAAACAUCAAAAUGGUUCGCACCGCAAACACCAAUUCCACCAAUUCCUCUCCUCGCAAAAAUUCCGACAAUGAAUGGACUACCAUCCCAGUCAAGCCUAAGCUACUUGUGUCUUUCCCUAAGCAUCCCGCCGAGCCAACUUUGCACAUGCUUCUCCUGCACUCCUACUUCCCCUUGAACGUUCCCAAAUGGAUUUGGCACUGCUACCUCGAUGAUGAAGUUCUAAGCCCAAACCCGCGGGGCCGUGAGCGCUACAUGCGCAUUCAAAAGGCUUUCACCAAGAGCGGUAACUUCUUCGCUGAGCGCGGCAUUGUUCUGCACUCCCUCAACAUCUCCACCUCACGCAUCGUCGAGCUGUUUUUCGGAUCGGAGGAGGAUCUCUGGAAAGCCGAUGCGCUGGUUGAAGAGUACUCCCGAGCCAUGACCGGAGCGGAUGGCUAUAUCCGGCGUAAAGAGAAUAUUGGAAAGAUGGUCUGCCAUGGAGUUUACUUUCUCGAACAAUUCACUGGCGAGUUUGUUGGCAGGUGGAAUCUCAAGGAAGAGAGAUUGCGAGAGCUUGAGGACAUGAAUCCUGUGUUUGAUUCUAAUGGUAAGAGGGUGCUUUAUAGGAUUCGGUAUGUGCACUACAUGAGCUCCCAGGCCUCGAGUGAACAGUUGUCGCGGACUGGGGCUACUUGGGCGGUCACCUUUAGUGACUUUAGGGUUGCCGAGUGCUUCAUUGAUGGACAUGCCGAAUUCAACUUUUUCAUGGAUCCCUGCUCCGGAGGGCUAAAGUGGUAUCAGGAUAACCCUUCUAGAUUCUUUCAUAACCCCAACGGUUUUCGGAGGAGUUCUGGGUCGUCAAACGGUAGUGGGAGUGUCCCAGGAACUGUUGGGUCGUCUGGCGCUACUACUGCUAUUGCAACUACCUCUGGAGCCAAUAAGCUCAUUGAGAAGAAUUCUGAGGGCCCGGCGCUUAUUGAGGACCCUGAGCAGGCUAAAAGUACACUGGACGUCAAAGUUGAAACCCCGGCGGAUGUCAAAGUCACUAGCAUCGAGCAGCAGAAAUCUGAGAUUGAGCCGAUUGCCACUGCUACCACUGGCGGAGCCAAGCAAGUUGUCAUCAAGGAGAGGCCCGAGGUUCAGGUGGCUCCUAAUACCUCAUGGCAGACCGGGAGCCUAGGGGAAGUCAAAGCAACAGGCGCCGAGCAGCAGAAAUUUGAGAUUCAGUCGACUUCCACCGUUCCCACUGAUGGAGUCAAGGAGGGGCUCGUCGUGAAGAAUCCCGAGGCUCAGGCACCUACCAAUACUUUCAUGAAGCAGGCCACAGGUAUGGAGGCAGUCCAAGCCAGUACCACCGAGCAGCAGAAACUUCAGCCAUUGCAGAACUUGGUCGGAAUCACUCCCACUGCCCCCAUAGGCCCCAAGGGGGGUGAAGCUACGGCAGCGCGCUCCAUAGGAAAGAUGUGGGGACGGAGAGCCAAUAACCAAUCCCAAGGGGAUAGAGAGAAUCACUUCCCGCUUCUCCCUCCACCUCCCCCUCCCUAUCGCAAGCCCAUUGCAACCCAAAUUCUCAGUGGCGCCCCCCCGGACACCCUCGACAAAUUCUCCCCUCUCGUGCCUUCAGCUCCAUCAGCUGGGGUCCUGAGACCUCCACUCACCGAGGACGCAAAGCGCCAGUACCCCAUUAAUCCCAGGAGGCCCGGAGCGAAGGUCACCCCACUGGCUAAGGAACCUACCUGUGGUAACAACGACAACAACAAUUCUGCCCCCGCCUCUGCGCUUGUAGACCAGACAACUACCGCUGCUGCUGCUAUUACUACUGCCACCAAACAAUCCUACCACCAGCACCGCCUGUCAAACCCAAGACAAAACAUCAAUCGCAGACCGUCUGACACUGUUCCCAGAACUGCCACCACUGCUCCGACCGGUGUUAGUGUUAGCAAGGGCGGGGCUAAUAUAGCUCCUGUCAAUGCCUCCCAGCCAAAAAUCGAAAAGAUCUACACUCCGGAAGUUUUAGAGAAGCGCAGGCUUGCGAAGCUAGCAACUAAGAAGAAGAGGGCGGACAAGAAGAGGGCGGACAAGAAAGCGGGUGCUCUUGAGGAUGCUACCGGGGCUACUGGUUGUGGUAGUGGAGGAGAGGGCGAAGUGAAGGUUGAGGGGAAGGAGGCUGCGCAGGGAGUUGUUAUUGGGUAGUGCAGCUAAUAAUUUUGGGGGUGUAGGGGGGGCGAAGGUUUUGUUUUCUUGAUCUUUUUUAUACUGCUCUUUUACUCUUGUUUGGACAUCUGUUCUUGGUCGUGGUCCUGUUAUAGGCGGGCUAGCUGUGGGGGAGGUGUUUAGCUGACUGACUGGCUAGAAUGGGACCUGGUGAAACGGAGCAGAUAGUGAGCUGGAUAGAGGGGUGGUAUUGAUUGUGUCCUUGUAAGGGAAGCUUGUGGUCUUUUUUCUUCUCCACUUCUCUUGAGCUUUAGUUCUACCUGUCUAGAUUCAACCUCUUUCAUUUUCACACUUUUAUUCUUCAAUAUCUAUUUUUUUUCUUCCACUGGGCCUUGAGAGAAUGGUAGAAUGGGAUCAACAGGGUGGGCCUCUUCUCACUUUCCAGCCAAUUUGGCUCUCGAUAGACUUAUGUUUUCGUUGCUUUCGACUCCUUAGCACGCUGUACUAGUGUCUAGAGAAUUCUGGAAGUUAUAAAGUAGGGCUAGAACAACAAAAUGUAUGAUACGGGUGUUUCGUUUAUGA